GGCGGUAGCGGCGGCGGCAGCUGUGAGGGGAUUCCAGGAAGAUGGUGCUGAUUAAGGAAUUUCGUGUGGUUUUGCCAUGUUCUGUUCAGGAGUAUCAGGUUGGGCAGCUUUACUCCGUUGCAGAAGCUAGUAAAAAUGAAACUGGCGGUGGAGAGGGAAUUGAAGUCUUGAAGAAUGAGCCUUAUGAGAAGGAUGGAGAAAAAGGGCAGUAUACACACAAAAUUUAUCACCUAAAGAGUAAAGUUCCAGCAUUUGUGCGGAUGAUUGCUCCUGAGGGCUCCUUGGUGUUUCAUGAAAAAGCCUGGAAUGCAUACCCCUACUGUAGAACAAUUGUAACGAAUGAAUAUAUGAAAGACGACUUCUUCAUUAAAAUUGAAACAUGGCACAAACCAGAUUUGGGAACAUUAGAAAAUGUACAUGGUUUAGAUCCCAACACAUGGAAAACUGUUGAAAUUGUCCACAUAGAUAUUGCAGAUCGAAGUCAGGUUGAACCAGCAGACUACAAAGCUGAUGAAGAUCCAGCAUUAUUCCAGUCAAUCAAGACCAAGAGAGGCCCUUUGGGACCCAACUGGAAGAAGGAGCUGGCAAACAACCCAGGUGGUCCUCAGAUGUGUGCCUACAAGCUGGUGACCAUCAAAUUCAAGUGGUGGGGGCUGCAGAGCAAAGUAGAAAACUUCAUUCAGAAGCAAGAAAAAAGGAUAUUUACAAACUUUCAUCGCCAGCUUUUUUGUUGGAUUGACAAGUGGAUUGAUCUGACCAUGGAAGACAUUAGGAGAAUGGAAGAUGAAACUCAAAAAGAACUAGAAACAAUGCGUAAGAAGGGUUCCGUCCGAGGCACGUCGGCUGCUGAUGUCUAGAUGAGUCCCCUGUAGGGUCAGAGACAAUAUCAAACUGUUUACGUAAUCAAGGUCAAGUGAGGGGAACAAGUGCAGCCAGUGACGAGUGAAGACGAAUCUGACCAGUAUCUUGCAGUGUUGAUGUUUCCCAAAUGAGUGCUUGUGGUUAUGUACACACAUGCACAGGUUCUCAACCACGUGUGUAUAUAUGUAUGUGCGUGUGUCUGUAGCUGUAUAUAAAAUGCAUGUAGAGCUACAGAGCAAGACACACACACUUGUGUGUAUAUAUAUGUACAGACGAACAUACUGAAGGGAUUAGUACAAUUUCUCCAAAGUACUGUACCUAUCUUCAACAAGAAUGCAAA